AUGUAAAAAAUUGAUAGUUUAGAACCCACUUAAGCUAUAGCCACUCAUUUUCUUGAUAUUUCAAAUAUUGAAUAAUUGGUUUAGUACUUAGAAAAAUUGCACUAAUAACCUAAAGUAGAAAAACAUCAUACAGCCUUAUUAUUAAAUUGCUACAUUAAAUAAAAACAAUUUGACAAUUUUAUUUAGAAAAUAGAAAAGUAUGGGUUUGAAAGUGAUCUAUUUGAUAUUGAAACAGCAAUAAGAGAAUGUAGAUCAUUCAAUUACCUCGAUAUUGCUUUAAAAAUGGCAACUAAGAAAAAUAUAUAUACUGCCUGUCUUUAGAUAUAUAUAUUUGAUAAAGGAGAAUGUGGAGCUGCCCUAGAAUAUAUUAGGGAUGUAAUAAUAUUAGAGGAGAAAGUAAAUGAGAUAUUUUCAUAUAGUGUAGGCUAAUUAUUUAAAAGAAUUCGGUCUUGAAUUAAUGAGGAGUGAACCUUAAUUUACUUUAGAAGUAAUUUAAAAUUUAAUUUUGUUAAUAAAUAUUGUAUAAAACUUAAAAAAAUAAUUUGAAUCAAGAAAAGGUAUUGAUUCAUUAGAUCGUUUAACUUAAGAAUAAUAGAAAGUUUGGAAAUACUUUAAUUUAGAUAAUGAUCAAUUAUCAAAUAUUUAUUCAAUAACAUUUUGUAAACCUGAUGAAUUUUUACAUAUUUUUGGAGGAUAUAAUAAUUAUUUAGAAAGAUAUUUAAGAUUUCUUAUAGAAGAAUGCAAAAAUUUACCUAAUGAAAUGGCUAUAUAUCAUAGAUAUUUUAGUUAUCAUUUAGAGAGAUUCGAAAGAAAAGAAGAAAUAAAAGAAAGUGAAAAAAGAAUUAUGAGUUUAUUAAUGGAUAAUAAGAAUGAGUCAAAAUAUGAUAAAAAUCAUUUAUUGGUUUAAUUCAAAAUUUAUAAUUUUACAGAAGGAAUCAUAUGUUUAUUAAAGAAAUUAUAAAUGAGAGAAGAACUAUUAAAUUUUUAUAUUACAAAGAAAGAUAAUGAAGAAAUAUUAAAUUUAUGUACAGAGUAUGGAGAAUAAGAAUAAAACUUAUGGGUAUUAGCAUUGAAAUAUUUUGCAAAGCCUGAAAAUAAGGCUACACAUUAUAUUCCUAAUAUACUGAAAGAAUUAAAUAAAUUAGAAUCAAUAUCUUCAUUUUUGAUUUUAGAUAUUAUGAAAGAAAAUAGUAAUGUAAAAUUUGGUUAGAUGAGAGAUUUCUUAAAGUAAUAAUUAUAAAGAGAUUAUACAGAAAUUAAAGAUAAUUUGAAUGUUAUAAAAGAAAAUAUGUAAUAAACAACUGAAACAAGAACAGAAUUUUAAUAGUUAAAGACUCAAGCAUAAAUAUUUUCAUUUGGAAAAUGUACAGCAUGUGAUAAUGCAUUAGUUAAUCCUUCAUUUCAUUUUAUAUGUGGACAUCAAUAUCAUUAAAAUUGCAUUUAAAUGUAUAUAUGACUAUAUAGUAUAAGUGAAGACAAAAAAAGAAUAUGUAUAAGAUGUAAUUUAGAGAUUUAAAUGAUUCAAAAUAAAUAAAAAGAAGUAGAUGAGGCUAAUCAAUAAAUGGUAUAACUUAGGUAGAAAAUGCUAGAAACUAGUUCUAAAUAUGAUAUUAUUUCUAAAUAUAAAUGA